UUUCUUUUGGAGAAUGAAUGGCGUAGCACUUGGACGUACCAUUUGGGCAGAGGAUUGAAGUGUUGAAGAUUGUUUAAAUAUGCAUGAGGAAAAUAAAGCUGCAGCAAAUGGAUGUGGAAAAGUCCGAAGUGGCACCCAAAAUGAGGCUGCUUUACUGGCCCUGAUAGAGAAGACUGGAUACAGUAUGAUUCAAGAAAACGGUCAAAGAAGAUUUGGUGGUCCUCCACCAGGUUGGGAAGGUCCUCCACCACCUCGUGGCUGUGAAGUUUUUGUGGGUAAGAUUCCUCGUGAUAUGUAUGAAGAUGAAUUAGUUCCUGUUUUCGAGAGAGCUGGGAAGAUCUAUGAGCUCAGACUGAUGAUGGAAUUCAGCGGUGAGAAUCGAGGCUAUGCUUUUGUGAUGUACACUACUAAAGAGGAAGCCCAGCUCGCCAUCAAGAUUCUUAAUAAUUAUGAAGUUCGUCCAGGGAAAUUCAUUGGUGUCUGCGUAAGCUUGGACAACUGCAGACUAUUUAUUGGAGCAAUUCCAAAAGUAAAGAAGAAAGAAGAAAUACUGAAUGAAAUGAAAAAAGUUACAGAAGGAGUGGUGGAUGUCAUUGUUUAUCCAAAUGCCACUGACAAAACUAAAAACCGUGGCUUUGCUUUUGUAGAAUAUGAAUCUCACAGAGCAGCUGCGAUGGCUAGACGGCGGCUAAUCCCAGGAACAUUCCAGCUCUGGGGUCAUACUGUUCAAGUAAACUGGGCAGACCCUGAGAAAGAGGUUGAUGAAGAAACAAUGCAGAGAGUUAAAGUAUUAUAUGUAAGAAAUUUAAUGAUAUCUACUACAGAGGACACAAUUAAAGCUGAAUUCAGCAAGUUCAAGCCAGGAAUAGUUGAACGUGUAAAGAAGCUGAGAGACUAUGCUUUUGUUCAUUUUUUCCACCGAGAAGAUGCAAUUGCUGCUAUGUCUGUAAUGAAUGGAAAGUGCAUUGAUGGAGCUAGUAUUGAAGUGACACUGGCAAAGCCAGUUAACAGAGAAGGUACUUGGAAGCAACCUCAGAUAGGUCCCAGUUCUGAAAAUCUCUUAGGGUUUCCUAAAAAAGAUGAUAGUCAUCAAAAAUCCUUAGGGAAACCAGCAAGUCUUUCAGUUCGUCUUAAUCGUCAGCACAGUCCAAGCCCUCCUGAAGUUGAAAGAUGCACAUACCCGUUUUUUCCAGGAAUAAAGCUUACUCCAAUUAGCAUGUAUUCUUUAAAAUCCAGUCACUUCAGUUCUGCAGCAAUGCAUCUGGAUUAUUUUUGCAAUAAAAAUAACUGGGCACCACCAGAAUACUACUUGCAUUCAACCACAAGUCAGGACGGGAAGGUACUGUUGGUGUACAAGGUGGUUAUUCGUAGUAUUGCAGAUGGUUCCCAGAGUUGUUUCAUGCCAGACAAACUCUGUGCGACAGUAGAAGGUGCAAAGGAAUUGGCAGCGCAGUUCACGCUUCUGCAUCUCGCCCCUGAGCAAGCAUAUAUAACUUUGCUGUCCCUGAAUGCAGCAUAG